GUUGUUUGAAAUCUUAAUGAAAGACUUCUUUUGAUGACCUCCUAAGCUUGUUUAGAUAUAAAAAAUGCAAUCUGCUUUGAAUUUCCAAGAAGCCAAUAUUACCUCAUUGCAUUGACUUCUCCAACCCCGAUUUCAUUGAAGGCAAAAAUUUGCGCAAGCCACACCAUGUUCUUUAUCAGAAAUGCAAAAUUUAUCAGCGAUAGCCCAGAAAAGAUAACUAAAAUGUGCGCUGUUCUACAGCAAAUAAAUCGAGGCGAAGAAAUCAAUUUCGAAUUUGUUGAUAUAACGGAGCAAGAAAAACAGAAAAUAGGAGCCACUACAAUGGUUCCAUAGAUAGCGGCUACUUGUUUGUACGUCAGUAACUUAAACGAGUAGGCCCAAAUGAAAUCCGAACGGAAACCGAAACCAAUUGAGGAGCAUACACAUUAAGUGUGUGGGUUCCGUCCAAAGGGGGAAGUGAUCGUUUUUAAGUGGUUCCUAAUUGGGAUCCCGGUGCUAGGCAGCCUGUGUCACACUGUGCAGAAACCGGGAAUUGCAUAAUGCCCGGGCAAAAACCCACAUCACGUGUCUGGGUCGUCUGGCACCUGACAGCCCCACUGAAAUUACUUCAGUUCGGAUCGGUUCUGGCCGGGGGAAGUUGAUGGAGAGCUGAUGAUGAUGAUGAUGAUGGGGCCGCAGGCCGCCAGACAAAACAAGAGGAAUUGAAAGCCAUUAAGUACCUUUAAAAAUAAAAGCGGAAUACUACUAACCGCAUGGCCCACUAGGAUGAUACAUGCGAGUUCUAUAUAUAUAUAUAUAUAUAUAUACAUGCAUAUACGCGUGGAUAUAUGCUUCUUCAAUUAUUCAAGAGUACACCGAAAGCAGAGACUUGUGACCACAAAAAUCAAAGAAAUUACACACGAAAAAUAUCUUGAAAAUGCCAUAAGUUGUAUAUAGAUACACAGCCACCGUAGACUCAUCAGAUACACACACAUACACAAACACACACACACACACCCGCGAGAAGAUAUAGACAAACUCAAACUGUGGCAAACUAUUUCCGUAUUGAGUUCUCUUCUUCAAUGCCCUGCAUCAGAUCUAUUUGGGCAUAUUGCAAGGCAGCUUUUCGCUUUACAUACAUUCAAAGAUUUGAACUAUGAAAUUACCAAAUUACAACCCUUUAAAAUUCCCAGAUAAACGUUUUUCUGACCUCUAAAUAAUUUAUUUUUCCCUUAAUGUCUUACAUCCUUCAUUCUUGAGCAUUUAUCAAAUGAAAUUCAAGACAAAAAUGUGUGUUUUGUGACAUUUUUAAAAAUGUAUUUUCGAAAGCAUAUAUUCAUUGGCUUAAAUUCCACAAACAAAUUAUGAACGUGUUCCAAAAACAUUUUCUAAUAUUUAUGGAUGCGCCAAAUAUAUUUUCGAAACGUACGAUUCGUUUCUCUUCACAUGACUUUAUGAGUUUGUUUGGCUUGUGGAAAUUGCAUUGACCUAGAAGCUAUACCAUUGUAUUGUUGUUUUUCGGUCUCUUGGUUAUUUUGAUGUUUUUGGAAUACCCUGCAAUUUGUUUUGGUUUUGCACAGUUCCCUCAAUUACUCCCACUCUCCCAAUCUCUCUCUCUUUGUGCCUGUUUUUCUCUGUGUGUAUUUUGAAAAUGAGCAUCAUUAUGAAUUCCCCGAUUUGUUUUCUGUGUGUAUAUUUUCAAAUACUUGCAUCCGAAUUGGGCCGUGCUCGCCAGUGUGUGAGUGGGAUGAUGGGAAACUGGCUCCCGGCUGAGAUCGUCGAAGGCCCACGGCCCAUUCCUUGUCCGUCGGUCGCCAGCGCCACGAGGAGCGGGAUACGCGGUCUUAAAAAAUAUUUCAAAAAUUGAAAUCGCAGCUAAAAUCGAACAUACCCCUAAACAAAAGAAAAAACGAGAGCGAAAUUUCAGCAUUCAAAACGCAAACGCAAUUUAAUUUGGCCAAAACAAUUCAAGACAAUCAAAGACAAAGGCGCGAUCUCGACGGCGAAAAAUAAACCUGAAAACAUAACGAUUUCGGACGCGUGCCAGUCGGCGGGCGGUGCGCAGUGGGCGGGGUGGCAGAGACGCCGGCAGCGACGUUGGCGCUGCGCUUUCAUAUGAUUUUCCGCUCGUAGUGCUCUUUUUUGUUAUAUUUGUUAUUUUCUUUUCGUUUUUUUUUUUUUUUUUUGCCGGCUGUCGGCUGUCGUGAGCAGAAAUGCCGCCGGCUCUCGGUUCUCCGUUCAGUUCUGUUUGAGUUUCUGGCGACGAGUGUCACACACAGAGGGAACUAGAAAUAAACGACAUCGAAAGACGAAACAACAUCCAAGUUGUACUGUAGAUUCUGGCUGAUUAAGAAACACGAAACACACGUACACUCACAUAUUUCUCACACUGCAAACUGCAUUAGUUCUGAUCGAGCGAAAGUGGACGUAGACGAUGCCCAAUAACCGCAAUCGUAAUCGCAAUAGAAAUCGCAACAAACGCAAUCGAAACCAAAAUCAAAAUCAAAAUCAAAAUCCUAAUCAAAAUCAAAACGAAAACGAAAACAAUCAGCAGCAGGCAGAGGGGGCGGAGGAGCGGGAGGAGCAGCAGGAGCAGCAGGAUUCUCAGAUCGCAGUAGCAACUUCUUCUUCCUCCAUAGAUGAUAAUGGAAAUUCUGGCAGCGUUUCAAAUGGGCCAGCGGAAAACAGCGAAGCUGUUGUUGUUUGUCGCGACCAGAGUGUGACGAGCACUCUUGAGAAAACCGAAGAAAUAGAUAAAAUAUUCGAGAAACCAGCAACAGUCAUCCAACAAGAAGAAGAUUUACACGCAGAAAUGGGUGCCAAAAACUCAAAACAUCGCAAGGAAAAGUCCGAUAAGCCGGCCACCAAUGGAAGAGCCGAAGAGCAGGUGCGUCCACCACCCACAAUUAUAAGAAGGCCACCAGGCAGUCCGCGCCAAGCCAAGGUCAUAGUUCAUCGCAUUGUGAGGGAGGAGGAGGCCAAGGCAAAUGGCCAAGUUGAAGCACAGCAGCAACACAAGGUUGCGGAAUCCAAGGAGCAGCACUUGGAGGUUGAGGCAUCAAAGAAAGAAGCACAGCAAAAGGAAGCAACUCAAGAGCAACUUCCAGAAACUAGUCAGCUAUUAGAAGACGCACAGCAGCAACAUGUUGCAGUUGCACAAAGUCUAGAGGUUCAGGAAGGCAAAGAAGACGAUCGGGCAUCACCAAAGCAAGAUGAAGUGGAUAAUUCAGAGAAGCAACCACUUAAAGUGGAACACCCAAAGCAGCAAACACUACAACAGGAGCCAAAAGAACCGGAGCAAUAUGUGUUGCAGCUUGAAAAAGCCAUGGAAUUUGUAGAAAAUGCACACCAGCAACAUAUGGCUGUUGUACAAAAUCACCAAAAACAAGAAGAUAUAGCACAACAACAACAGCAACAUGAAGCACAAGACCAACAGGAGGUACAAGAGGCAGAGCAACAACAGGAGUUGAAUAAUGCCCAGCAGCAACAUGUUGCUGUUGCACAAAGCCCGAAUGAUCAAGAUGGCUCUAAUGCACAACAACAGCAACCGGUAUCCUUAAUGAACAAUGUUCAUCAGCAAAAUGUUGAAAUUGCUUCCAAAUCCUUGGAGAAAAUCCUGAAGCCCGUUGUAAAACCCGAGCAGCACUCCUCCAAGGUGAUUAUCCACCAGAUCCGGCUGGAAACCAACGACGAAGAGCGGGCGCGUAAAGGUAAGCCCACCUUCGAGGAAAUCAGCAGUACUUCCGGCUCUCUGGCCGGAACUCUGUCCCCGCCGCCCCGCUAUUUGGUGGAAUCGCCCAAGAAUGUGUCGAGCGGUGGCCAAUUCUCGCGCUUCUCGCGCGACGUGCAAAUCCAGGAGCUGGAACUGAACAGCGAUUGCAGCUCCGGCGAAUUCAAUUCGCUGCAAUCCCCGCUGGUCUGCGAAGCGGACUCCGAGUCGGAGGGAUCGGCGGCCUUGGGGCCGGAGCGAUGCCCGUCGGAUCAGCAGGUGGUGCCGUCCGGCAGCGGACGAGUGGAGCAGCAGGAGCAGCUGCGUCAGAAGCGCGCCCAGAAACGGAACGCUCUGGAGUCGCACUUUCUGCCGCAGCUGCUCAAUCCCCGCUACCUGGACAGCAUCCUGGAGGAGAAUGGCGGCGAGGCGAUGAGUUUCCGCAACUCCUCCAACUCCUCCGAUCAGGCGGGAAUGCGCACGCCCAAGCUCAACGAGACCUUUCCCAAGAGCCAGCUGGACUUUAGCCGUCGGCACAAGCGACGCGAGGAGGCCCCCUUGCCGCUGAAACUGGAGACCAAGCUGCUGGAGGAGUCCGCCGAUCUGGAGAGUUGCACCCGUCUGCAGAGCGCCCUGUCGCCCCAAUCCGAGGACGCCGAACUGGUCUACCUCAGCUCCUCGGCCUCGAGCAGUGUGUCGGACCUCAUGGAACUGGAACUGGAGCAGGCGGCCGCUCUGGCUGAGAGGGCUCUGGUCGAUCUGGACACGGAUGCCAGCCGUCUGAUCCUACGGCCGGAUGAUGAGAUGAGUAGCACUAGCACUACUACGGCGGACAGGAGCGAGACCGAAGCGGAAACGGAAACGGAAAUGGAGACGGAGACGGAAAGAGAGGGAGAGGGAGAGGCAGAGGCCGAGGAGAGUCGCGAGAGCACACCUGUUAACCCGACGCUCGCCAGUUCGCUGUCGUCGCUGCUGAGCGCCGCAACGCCCACGCCCACGCCAACACCAACACCAAUGCCUGCCGACCGAGAGCAAUUAGCAAAAGAUACAAAUGUAUCUGGCGGAUCGGCGGUUAGUUUCGGGACAGCAUCGCCGCUGGCGGCCACGCGCGAGGAGUUCGUUCGCAACAUGGACAAAGUGCGCGAGUUGAUCGAGAUGACGCGGCGCGAAGAGGAAAUGGAAAUGAACAUGGAAGUCCCUUCGACCGGUACGACGCGUUCGCCGUCGCCGCCGCCUGUUCCCCCGCCCCCCGUAGAGUCGUCCACUCCCUCCGCCACCGGAUCCAGUUCCCUGUUCCACCUCACUCCCUUGCAUUUGAGGCGGCAGGAGUCGAACGACUCCCACUGCUCAGACAGCACCACCCACAGCCAAUGCACGGCCAUCAACGUGGCCAGUCCCCCUCCCACCGCACAGCCACCCACACCGCCACUCAGACAAAAGCCUGCACCACCACCACCACCACCACAAUCACCACCACCCACAACCCAAUCAGAGCCAGAGCUUUCAGUUGCAGAUUCGGGAGAUGCAGAUGCGGAUGCCAUAAAGAAGCUGCGUCUGCUGUGCACCGAGCAGUUGGCCUCCAUGCCCUAUGGCGAACAAGUGCUCGAGGAGUUAGCCAGCGUGGCCCAGAAUAUAGCCGAUCAGUCGCACAACAAGAUGCCCUAUCCACUGCCCCAGUUGCCGCAUAUCAAGGAGCUGCAGUUGAACGCCGGCGAGGGCAAGUCCUCCUCUACCUCCUUCUCCUCAUCCGCCUGGCUAGGAUUGCCCACUCAAUCGGAUCCGCAGUUGCUGGUAUGCCUAUCACCUGGCCAGAGGGAACUGCUGGAUGCCCAAACACAGCCGGAUGAUUUGCUAGAUGCCCACCAGAAGUUCGUGGAGCGAAGGGGCUACCAUGAGCUGACCAAAGCCCAAGUUCUUGAGCAGGAUCAACAGCAGCAGCAGCUUCAGCAGCAGCAGCAGAGCGAGAUGCUCAAGACCGCGGCCAUGAUGCGCGAGUUGCGCAAGAGCCUCUCGCCGCCGGCACCGCCCCUCCCACCGCCGCCCGUGCCGCUGAAGAGCGCCGAAACGGCGGCCAAGGCGACCGCUCGUGAAAACGCCAAGAGAGAUGACGCAAGCGAGCAAAAGCAGAUGAAAUCGUCAUCGCUUGAAAAUAAACCAAGGCGAGCAGCUGAUCUCGGUGAGCAGCAGCAGCAACAGCAGCAGUCGGCAGAGCACCGCCAGAGCAGCAGCAUCACCUCCACCACCACAUCAGAAGCCAUGUCCAGUGCAGCCACAAGCAAGUUUCCCACGCUGGACAGCAUGGAGAGCGAGCUGGCCAGGAUGUUUCCGCAGCACAAGGGCGACAUUUUCGAGGAGCAGCGCAAGCGCUUCUCCAACAUUGAGUUUCCCAGCAGUCACAGUCAGCAGACCGGCAGCCAAAGUCAGACCAAGCGGUACUCCAACAUCGAGACGAGCAGCUACGAGUCCAAGAAGCGCUUGGAGAACGGUCAGGUGGUCUACGAUGUGAGCACCUCCAGUCGCGAGAAGAAGGAGCUGGGCGAUCCGCCGAAAGAGCAGCCCGCACCGCCGCCCAUCCCGCCGCCGCCAAUUAUGUCAGCAACGAAAUUAAACGGCGGCACUUUCAUUGAUGGAGACGUGGCGCCCAAAAAUAGCCAGCCAACAAAAGAGAGCGGCAACGGUACGUAUGAGGAAUUUCGGCAGCGUGCCAAGGCCGCGGCGGAUGCUUUUGGAGAUCAGCAGCAACAGAAUGGCCUGGAUCACGACCGCGUGUUCAAGGACUUCGACAGGCUAUCGCAGCAGAUGCACGCCGAGCUGCAAAGCAGCCGCGAAAGGCGGGAGAAGUCCGCCUCCCUGUAUGAUCUCAGUGGCUUCACCCGACCGGCGGCGGCACCGGCGGGUCAUCCGAAACUGGAGGAGCUGCAGCAGCGGCGACACGCCCACAUGCAGGAGCUGGAGAAGGAAAUCGAACGGUCGGCCAAGUCGCGACUGGAGCGCAUGUCGUCGGUGCCGCGCCAAAUGGAGGCCACAACGCCGCAAACCCAUGAGAUUCCCAUAGAACUAGAGUCCCGAUCCCGUCGUGCCGAAUCGCUGUGCAAUCUGAACGAGCCACCGCCACGUCCGCACACCACAGUGGGUCACUACAGUCACCAGGCGGCCCAGGACGACUGGUCGCGCUAUGCCAGCGAUUUGGGCUACUCGGAGAACAUAGCUCGACCCUUUGCCAGGGAGGUGGAGAUCUGCUACCAGCGACAGAACCAGAGGUGUCCACCGCAUGGCAUCAGGGCCCCACGGCUCUCGGCCAGCACCAAUGACCUGAGCAGCUCCAGCCAGUACAGUUUCGACAGCUUCAAUGCCUACGGCGGCAGGCGGACCCAUGCCCCCAUGCUGAACCAGGCGCAGCAGCACCAGCAGCAGCAGCAGCGACCACACUACGGCAGCUGUUACUCCAUGAUCGAGAGGGAUCCCAAUCCCAGGUACAUAAGCACCACCUCGCGAAGGGGCGUGAGUCCGGCACCGCCGGCAGUGGCACCACCACCAUUACCAUUAGCACCACCGCAGCAACAGCAGCAGCAGCAGCAGCAGGUGCCGCCACCCGCCUACGAUCGCCAGCAGAGGAGAUCCUCGCUGCCCAGGGAGCUGCACGAGCAGCAGCUGAAGUACAUACUCUCCAAGGAGGAGGAGCUCAAGUUCGAGGUGGAGCGACUGCAGCAGGAGCGGCGCCGUCUCAUGGAGGAGAUGCAGCGGGCGCCGGUUCUACCGGCCCCUCAGCGCCGGGAAAGCUACAGGCCUGCCGCCAAGCUGCCCACAUUGAGCGAGGACGAGGUCUUCCGGCAGCAGAUGGCCGAGGAAUGGAUGAACAAGGUGGCCGAGCGGGAGGAGCGGCGCCAGCACAAGAUCAUACGCAUAUCGAAGAUCGAGGACGAGCAGGACCACUCCACGGUAGACAGGGCCACCAUAAGCGAUGAGUUCCUGGACCGCGUGAAGGAGCGUCGCCACAAGCUGGCCAUGCCAGCGGACAGCGACUGGGAGAGCGGGGCGGAGUCGCAGCCCCAGCCGCAGGCGCAGUCCCAGCCCGAGUCGGAUGUGGAGGCGGCACCGGUGCGCAUACUCGAGGGCCAGGCGGAGGCCAAUCUGCGCCAGCUGCCCCGUCACCUGAGGGAGUUCGCCAAGUUCUCCACCAGCGAACAGCUGCCGGAUGGCGGCCAAAUGGAGCGGCACGAGGAGCAGGAGCGCCGGGAGGAGGCCACGGACAACUCGCACAGCAGUGCCACCAAGAAGACGAGCAUCGUGAAGACGUACAAGGUGUCGCGUCUGCCGCCUUCCGUCCAGGACAGAGCCACCGCAUCAGGGGCGGACGCAGGAGCGGUAAUGGGUGUCCGGCUGCGACCACGCCCACCCAAGCAGACGCGCUUCCUCCUCAACGCCCAGCAGCUGCAGCAGCAGCGGCAGCGACGCAGCUGGUCGGAAAGCGAUCUUCUCAGGGAGAUCGACAGCGAACUGCAGCUGGCCAAGGGCUUCCUCUACGCCAAUGGCGUGUGGACACCUUACGGUUCCACUGGCGAACUAAAUCAAUCGGGCCCCACCUCGGCCACGCCCCCGCCCCCGCCGCCACCCUCGCUGCCCGUUUGGACGCCCCAGCCGUCGCCGGUGCUGAGCGGACGCAAGGAGUUCCGUCCGGUCCGCUUCGAGUCGCCCACUCUGCCACGUCGGUACACGGCUUUGCAGCAGCAAGAUCAGCAGCAGCCACAGAGGACGACGACCACGACCACGAUCCCGCCUUGGUCGUAUACCAACGGAGAGGGUGCCCCCCAACUGCCCCCAGCACCGCCCUCCCUGAACUCCGUCAAUUCCAACUCGGACUACGCCGAAACCGACUGCUCCGGACACUUUGCUCCCUUGGCGCCCAGUGCCAGUGUCUCCGACAAGAUCAGAACAUUCGAACGCUCUUCUUCCAACUCGGAGUUGCAGAGGCCGUUCGUGCGUCGCCAACUGUCCGACGCCAGUCGCCCAGUCUACAGGCCCAAUGAAGUCAUCUACAAGGUCAAGCACGAGUAUAUGAGCGAACCGGAGACGGGCAGCGAUCGUCCCCGGAAAAUGGCACAGUUAGGGCGAAGGCAGUACGAAGGCAUCGGUCCGGUGACCAACGAUGGAAUGCCCAUCAUCCUCAGAUCGGAGGUCCAGGAGCCGCAUCAGCAUGAGUGGUACAAGCGUCUAUAUCAGACGAUUCACAAGCAGAAGAACGGCGAUGAUUUCGUGAUUCGCUACAAGUGUCCCAGAGCCCGUCCGUCGUACAAGAGCAACGGCUACGUGUCGGAGCCGGAACCCAACUACGAUUCCGACUACUCUACGUUGAGGUACCGCACCCCGAAUCCGCACCGCGUGCAGUCCGUGUCCUCGGCUGUCAAUGUGCGCAACCUCAACCAGGACGAGAAAUUGUAUGGUACUAUGCCAAAUCCCAUAAAAUCGGCGCAGAACUCGUAUAAAAAUCAGCCAGGUCGCAUCGAGAACUACACGACAGGUCAUUCGUCUGUUUCCGAAAAGGAAAAGAAGGAGUGGUGGGACGAAGUGAUGGACAUCUUUAACGGGAACCUAGAACAAUCGAAACUAUCACCACUGUAUACCGAAGGUAACUUGUCCAGAGCUCUGGCCAAGGAAUCCGGCUACACCAGCGACUCGAACCUCGUCUUCCGCAAGAAGGAGCUGCCAGUGAGCAGUCCCCUGAGUCCCGUGGAGCAAAAGCAGGCCUACAAGAGUCUCCAGGCAGGCGGAGAACCCCCACUUCUCGGCUUCCGCAAGCCCGCGCCCGAGAAACCCCGUGAAAUUGUGGAGGAGUUCGAAUUCAUACAGAUCACUCCCACGCUCACCAAGAUUCGUGUGAGCACCAAGGAGCUGGAAGAAGGAGAAGAACCCUUCAGAAAACCACCCACACCACCGCCUCCACCGCCACCUCCGCCGCCACCACCACCACCGUCCCAUCAACAUUUGAUUAAGAGGAGCGAGAAGAAGCCGGCGAAGAUGUUCUCGCAGCUCUCGAAGAAUCUGCCCUCGUUCAUUCCGCUGAGCAAGAAGCAGCAAGUGUCGCCACAGGACGACCCUCCUCCCAGGCCGCCCCACCGCAAGUCCAGCUGCACGAAGAGCACCGUUCGAGUGCUGAGCUCCGCCUCGAAGUCCAGGCAUGAGCAGUGCUUCCAGCCACCGAAUGGAGCGAAUGCGUCUGGAGUGUCCACCAUCACCCUGCGGAAGGUGGCCACCUCGAGUUGUUCGCGUCGUGAGCCCAUCUGUCGGUCGAAGUCGGCGGGAGCAGUGUCCACCCUGCUGCAAACCCUGACGGCCACCAAGGAGACCCGACUCACGCGUCGCGUUCAGCAGCAGCAGCAACAUCAGCUGUCCCGUCUGAGGUCCUCCAGUCCCAGCAGACGUCCCGCUCGUCUUCUGGCACUGCGUCACUCCAGCCGGAGUCCGGUGGCCUUUGGACGUAGCAUCUCCAAGGAGCGCAGCUUCGCCGAGGAGAAGAAGCGACUGGAGAACACCCUGCCAGCUAAUCGCACCAACUUCGAGGCCAGUACCAACAUCCUAAGGGAUCCCUCUCUUAAAUCGCCUCAAGAGGUGCGGGAGGCAGUGCGUUCGUAUGCCACCUCGCGUAGCAAGUCCUUGCCAAGACUUCGUCACACCACAGUGAGCACUACCACCAGACAGACCAUGUGCUUUCCACAAGUGCGACCGCAGACGCUAUUGGACUGUGGCACUCGAUCGCUGAGGAAGUGUUCAUCGAAGGCAGGAAAGGGUCAGGCUAAGAACGGAUCCAAUGACAGCCUGCCCCGGAGCAACUCCACCUUCUCCAUUGACUCGCUGGUGCGUCAGGAGUUCGUGCCCAUUGCCCCACCCAAGACGUAUGUGAGCAAGUCCAGAGGCUCCUCCUCCAAGGCACUGGUUCCACUCCAGAGCAGCCGCAGCGAAGGUCAUGUUCCCCGGAAGCGACUGUCCGGGAAAUCCACCAGUAAGGCACCACUACCACCACCACCACCACCGGUUACUGUCCACUCCUACAGCGAAUCGGUGCGCGAGAAGACGAACUUCUGGAACGAGUACAAUGCCAAGCAGGCCAUGUCGUUGCCGCAGGAGUACAAGUUCGGUCCGGAGGAUGUGUGCGACUACGCCAGUCAAACGAUCCAACAGCCGUGCAUCGAGGACCUUGUGUGGAAGUACGAGGGCAAGGAGCAGCAGCGUCCGCCGAAACACGUCUCCGUGACGGACAUUGCCCGUCCGCAGUCGCCGCAAUUGGGCGGCAGCCUGCAGGAGCGUCGCUUUUCGCCCACGCGGGAGGUGCGGGUGCCCCAGAUCAGCCGGGAGGUGCGCUCCCCCUCACGCCGUCGCAUCGACAGCCUGCGCUCCAAGGACAAGGAGCAGUCGCUGUUGGCCAGGGCCAGCAGUCUCAGUAGUGCCGACGAGCGUCGCAGGGCCACGCCGGCGCCUUCGAAUGGACUCUACCAGUGCGGCGAACUGGCCCACAGCGCCACUUCGCUGACGCACCUGGAGCGGCACAGUCCCAGCUGUCGGUAUCGCAACAAUUGCGAACGUUUCACCGAGCUGAAUCGCUUCUACAGCACUUUGGAGCGGGUGGGUCAGCUGGAGAGGGCCACCUCGUCCAGCAGCUUCCAUCCUUUGAGGAAGGAUGCCGAGCUUCUGGACUUUGACGAAUGGCGACGGGUGCGACUGCACGAGCGCGCCGAAAAGGAGCUGCACUAUCUGGUGGGCAAGCUGCAGGAUGACCAGAAGCAGCGGGACCUGCACUUCCGUUCCAAGGACGUGGGCGCCAUCAAGUGGCGCCAGGAGGCGGACCAAUCGCUGACGGCCAAGAAGAAGUCUGUGGAGGAUCUGCGCGACAAUUUCGAGCAACUGAAUCUACUGCGGCAGCAACAGCAACUGCAAUCGGAGCCAGUUCAUCGCCACUGGAGGCGCAACACGGUGGCCGAUCUGGCCAGCAGUCUGGAGCAACGCGUCGAGGUGGAACCCGAGAUGGAGCGCCACUUGGACAACGACCUGGUGAGCACGUUGUCCAAGGAUCAGAUCAAGAAGAUCACCCAGCAGCUGAAUGAGAUUUACUCGGGAAAUCGUCAGGUACCCGGCUCCGUCGAAGAGCAGUAUGUGGUCACCGUGGAGAAGGGCUCCCGACCGAAUGGCCUGAAGGUGCGCUGCAACUCGACCAUCUCCAAGGAUCAGCUCCUGGGGCCCGUUCAGCGCAAGCGGGACGAACAGCAGUCCAGCCAGACUCUGCCCCGUGCCACUCGCAGUCAGUCGCCGGUGGUGGUGGCCAGGGAAACCCGUGGCGCCAUUGCGGCCAAGAACGCCGAGCUGACCCUGUCGAAGCCGCCACCCGAGGUGCCACCCAGGCCCAAGCCAGCACCAAGUCAGGAGGUCAAGGGUAAACCGCCGCCCAAGGCGGAAGCCAAGGUGGAUGCUCGCGAACCGGCCGAGGACAUCAACCAGAAGAUACAGUACUUCGAGGAUCGGCAGUUCGAUGAGCCACCCAAGACCAUUUACCACGCUCGCGAAGAUUCCUCGCCGGAUGAGGCCGAGGUCAUGCGACUGAUCAAUCAGAAUAUGCAGGAACGCCAGCGAGCCAGGCAAGUGCACCAACAUCAACAUCACCACCACCAGGAGCUGAGCAACUCGCUGACCGAUUUGAGCGGCGUGUUUGGCGAACGUCCGGCGGCCCGUGUAAAUUUUCACUUGCACAGCCCUCCCGACCGUCCGCCCGACGACACCGAGCUCAUCAGCUUUGGGAACGGAUCACCGGAUCAAGGCGACGGCAGUCUUGAGCUCUACUCGGACUCCUACUACCGAUCGCGCAGUCUGUCGCCCCAAUCGCAGGCCUCGGCCUGUUCCAGCUCCUAUCUGCAGCGGGUCUACACCGGCGAGGUGCGCAAAAUGCGUCAGCACUUCGAGAGCAUCCGCCAGUCCGGCGAGCAGUCGCGGGAGCCAUCCAACGAGCGGCGUGAUUUUUUUGGGCUUAGCUCGCUGCGGAGGGCGCGCAGCGAUCCCGAGAUGAGUGCGGGAUCCAAAGACGCCCCGGACGCCGCUACGGAGGCGGUGUCGAAGCAGAAGGAGGAUGUGCCACGUCUCACCCACAAGUUCGAGGUGCGGGCAGCAACGCCGUCGCCGGAGCGCGGAAGAAGGCGUAUGCGGAGCGCCCAGGACAGACUAAUGCCGCACAUCGACAUCAUUAGCAAGACGGCGGCCCUGAAGAGGGAACUGCCCAUCCGGUCGAGUCCCACGAGGAGUGUGAGCAGCAACAGUCACUGCUUCGAGCGACUGAGGAUGCGCUACGAGUCGCCGGAGCCACAGACCCAGAGCUAUCUGUCCACCUCGCAUCCGGACAUGCGGGAUGUCCACGACAUAUCGCCGCACUUGAGUGCCGACUGGGUGGCCCACAGGCACCCGGAACCCUCGAAGCCCAAGGAGCUGCCCAAGAAGCCGCAGCGGGUGGUGCGGGCCAGUUCCACCUCGCCACUGCGUCCGGCUAAGUCGCAGAGUCACCAACUGAGCUCUCGACUUACCAGCUGCAUGAGGGACAUAUUCGCCAACCAGAAGUUCGAUCCCGACAAGCAUCGACCCAAGGCUCGAUAUGUGCCCGAUGGGGCAGAGAAUGGCAAUAAGAAUCCGAAGGAUAGUGGAACUCUGGAGCGCCUCAAGAAGACGGCCAUGGUGACAUUUAAAGAUCUCGAUCCGAACGCGCCCCCAAUUCCCCCCCAGCCGCCGGUCAAGGGUCUCUCCGCCUACGAUUUCCCGUACAACACCGACACCGUCGACGGAUCAGAGUCUCCCAAUCGUUACUAUGCCACAGACGUGAAUAUCCACUUCAAGACCCCGAUCAGGCAUGAGCAGCGCCAGAACGUGCCGGAGGAGGAACUAGCCAUUCGCCAAGCGGAGCACAUGCAGAAGCUCUACCACGAGGAGCGCCGCCGCAAGUAUCUACAGGAGCUGCAGGACAUGAACUCGCGCCGCCACACGGACAACUUCACGCCGUCGCAGAAGUCGCCCAUCGCCCUCAACCGCUACGAUGACUUCCCCACGGACGUGACCCUCAAGUCGCUGGUGGGCCCCAAAACGGUGGCCCGGGCCCUCUUUAACUUCCAGGGCCAGAGCUCCAAGGAGCUCACCUUCCGCAAGGGCGACACCAUCUACAUCAGGCGGCAGAUCGAUGCCAAUUGGUACGAGGGCGAGCACAAUGCCAUGAUUGGUCUGCUUCCGGCCAGUUAUGUUGAGAUUGUCAGCCGAGAUGGCGCCCGAACUCCAUCCAAGCGGCCAUCGGAGGGCCAGGCCCGUGCCAAAUACAACUUCCAGGCCCAAUCGGGCGUCGAGCUCUCCUUGAACAAAGGCGAAUUGGUUACUUUGACUCGCCGAGUGGAUGGAAACUGGUUCGAGGGCAAGAUUGCCAACAGAAAGGGCAUCUUCCCGUGCUCCUAUGUGGAGGUUCUCACGGACAUUGGUGCUGAGGACAUUGCGGCCAGGACAACGACCGUGAUCACCAGCCAGAGCACUACGAAUCUGCGGCCCAAUCUCGAUGUGCUACGCACAAACAUCAACAAUGAGUUCAACACCCUGACUCAAAACGGUGUCCAGCCACCGAAUGGAAUCCUCAAGGAAACACGGACGCUCCACAAGACGGACGCCCUGCAUGUGGACACCAGUUCCGAGCCAUUGGCGUACCGCGCCCUCUACAAGUACCGGCCCCAGAACUCCGACGAACUGGAGCUCCUCGAGGGGGAUGUGGUCCAUGUGCUGGAGAAGUGCGACGACGGAUGGUUCGUGGGCACCUCGCAGAGGACCGGCUGCUUCGGCACAUUCCCCGGCAACUACGUGGAACGGGCCUAGAGGAGAUCGACCGGAUGCGGAUGAUCGCGGAUGAUCCUGCCGACCCGGGGCGGCGUUCGCCUCUAAUCUUAAUGAAUUUGUAGUCUAAUACGAGGAGGAAUUAGCUUGGCCGGGGCGAAGGCAGUUCUAUGAUUAAUUCUGACUUGGUUUUACUGGAUUAUUUUAUGUUGUUGUUGAAUAAUUCUUAUCCCGCUAAUUGUGCUGCUUUCGUUUUGCCGUAUUUUAAAGCUAUUUAUUUAUUUUUAAACAGAGCAUUAAUUAUAUCAAUGUUGGAACUACGUUUAUUUAUGAGAUGCAAAUAUUAACCAGAAGUUGUCCCCUCCACCUCCCCCCACUCCGACACCCCCGCAUUCACCCAAAACACAAACACACACACACACCAAAUAUCGAAGGACCUAAAAUAAGUUCAUACAUAUAUAUACUUUGUCGUUUACCUACUAAUUUUAACUAGUCACAGCUAAUUUCCAAAAAAACAAAAUCAAUUACAAAAAAAAUGAAGAAGUGAAGACCGUUGAACUAAAGUGCCUUAAAGUUGAAAUUUCAAUAACUAAAAAUAAAACAUAAUAAAAAAUGUGCUAGGAUCCAAGGGCCCCUUGUUGAGUCGGCAGUGGAUAAUUAUUAUUGAUAAUUAUUAAUAAUAUUUAUGAUGAUAUUGUCAAGUCCGAACCAAUAUAAAACAUUUUAAAAUCAUUACAAAAAGCGUUUAUUACACAGACACUGUUGCAAGCGUAUUAAGUAAAUAAAGAAAAAACUAAAAAACAA